AUGACAUUUACACAAAUUCAUAAUGAAACUGAUUUUAAUGAAUUAUUUUCAUCAAAAGAUUUUCGCAAUGAUAUUUUUAUGAAUACUAAUCAAUCUGUGUCUUCAACUUCUGAACAAAUACUAAAUACUCUUGAUAUACCAUCAUCAUCUAAUGAUCAAUCAAAAAAUGAACAAAUUUAUUUCAAAAAUAAUAGUUCAACAAAAAUUAUUUUCAAACAAAGUCAAUUACCACCAUAUCUUAAUUAUGCAUUUAUAUUUCAUCGUACAAAUCUUCAAGCUGAAUAUAAUCGAAAACGAGCAAUUAAAUCUUCACAGUUUGGAUCAAACUGUAAAAUUGAUUUCGUUAAAAGUCUUUCUCAACUCUCAAAUGAAAAUGAAUUUAAUGAAAAUUGGAAUAUUGUGGUUAAAAAAAUACCUGAAAACGUUACUGAAAAUGAUUUAAAAAAGUUAUUUUUUAAUUCCAACCAAAUAAAAUAUAUUCCAGCAAGAAAUGUUCAAAAAUCAAAUACAAAUCAGAAAAUUUUACUUGGAUAUGCAUUUUUAUCUUUUACAAAUACUGAACAAGUUGAUGAAGUUAUGAAUAAUGCUUAUCAAUAUCAAAUAAAUAAUCAACCGUUAAUAUUAUCUUAUUACAGUAAAAUAGAAAGCUAG